GACCGGGGCACGAACCCGCGUCCCCUGCAUUGGCAGGCGGACUCUCAACCACUGCGCCACCAGGGAAGCCCUAAAUAUUUUUUAAAUCACAGUUUCUUGGUAUAACUUUCCUCACUCAUAGUGAAUGAUAGGAGGUGUCAUCAAUAUCAUAUUAAUAAUUUCUUUAAAUUGCCUUGCUUUAAUCAGAUGCCCAUGUUUCAAAACUGUGCUGGAUUGGAUAGGGAAAAUUAGAGCUCUUAUUUACUUCCUCUGCAACUUCCUGUCACAUGUUUUAACUUCCAACCAAACUGGUCCAUAAAGUGAGGUAAAUAGACAUUAAGCUGCCAUGGGGUAACUAUUACCACAAUGACUAUGUUCUUGGUUGUCCACAUUAUGGAACAUACAUCCUGGCAGGCAGGCCACCUGGUGGGCUUGUCUCUGUCUCCUGCCUCUCCCACAAGGCAAGUCCUGUCCUGAUUUGCUGCAGGUUAUUGGAAGUGAGGGUCUUUCUGGAAGUCGUCUGUGCUCACUAAUGUGUUGGCCUAAGUGAUUCUUCCUGCAGAAUGGAAAGGUGCUGGGCUCUGUAUUCAGGUUUCAGGAAAAUACAGACAGUCUAUAUUAGUUUCCCAUUGCUCUGUAACAAAUUACUACAAACUUAGUGGCUUAAGACAAUAUACAUUCAUUCUUUUAUAGUUUUGGAGGUGAGCAGUCAAAAUGAAUCUUAAGGGGCUACAAUUAAAGUGUCAGUAGGACCGGUUCCUUCUGGAGGCUCCAGGAGGUACUCCAUUUUCUUGUCUUUUCCAGGCUCGAGACACUGCCUGGCAUUCAUUGGCUCAUUGCCCUCCCUCCAUCUUCACCACAACCUUUGUUCCUAUUAUCUCAUCUUCUUUUCUGCAUUUGGCCAUGCCUCACUCUUACAGGGAUGCCUGUGAUUAUAUUUAACCCAUGUGGACAAACCAAGAUAAUCUUUCCAUCUGAAGAUCAUUAACUUAAUCACAGCUGCAAAGUGCUUCUCGCUAUAUCAUCCAGGGUUAACUGGCAUGGAUUGGUUCACCUCCUAUUUCCUGUCAGGAAAGAAUUUUGAGCAACUGGCCCAAAAAUGUGUCCCUCACUACUCCACAUUGAUCAGCAAGGCAGUGGGGAUCCUCUCUCAGGAAAGUGUUGAACGUAUUCAAAGAGUCUUUCAGGAGGGGAAGCUAAAAGAGGUGGUUGAAGAGAUUCAGGAAGCACUUCAGAAAUCUGAGAACGCUCCCUUGGAUGUGGCUCUGAUCGGGCAAUCUGGUUCUGGGAAGUCCAGUUUCAUCAAUGCCCUGCUAGGUCUUGGUCAUGAAGAGGAGGGGUCUGCUCACGUUGGAGUUGUGCCAACCACCAUGAAGAAAACCCCCUAUCAACAUCCGAAAUAUCCCAGUGUGACCUUCUGGGACCUGCCUGGAACUGGGACUCCCAAUUCCCUUCCAGAUCCUUAUCUAGAAAUUGUGGGAGAUGAUGACUAUGACUUUUUCAUCAUUAUUUCUUCUUCACGGUUCAGCUCAAAUGAUGCUCUCCUGGCCCAGAAAAUCAAGGAGAAGGGGAAGAAUUUCUACUUUGUUAGAACAAUGGUGGAUGUUGAAUUGCACAGUGAAGAGAAAAGCAAACCCAUAUCCUUCAAAAAGGAGAGAGUCCUUCAGCAGAUCCGAGAUGACUACCUGGCUAUUCUCAGCAACAUCGGAGUAUCUAAUCCAUGUGUCUUCCUGGUCUCCAACUUUCACCCGGAUAAGUUUGAUUUCCCAAGACUGCAGGAGACAUUGUUGCAGGAUCUCCCUGCUCAUAAGCGCUACACCUUUGUGCUCCAGUUGUCCAGUUUGUCUGAUGCUUUCAUUGAGGUGAAGAGAGUUAUCCUCAAAGAGAAGAUCUGGCUGAAUGCCCUGAAAUCAGCCGCUUUGGCCAUCAUCCCUUUCAUGGCCUUCUUCAGUGGCUUUGAUUUGCCUAAACAGGAGAAGUGCUUGAACCUUUAUCGAAGCUAUUUUGGUUUGGAUGAGCAGUCAGUCAAAGAGAUUGCCCAGAAACUGGGCACAUCUGUGCAAGAGAUCAAGAGCUCCACAAAGUCCUUGGAUUUCUGGUUAUUUGUGAAGAAUGACAGUAUAGCAGCAAAGGCCAUGAAAUGUGCUGAAUCCUUUUGCUCAGUGAACGGAGGACUCCGAUCUUCUAUCUUUCAAUUUUUGAAAGUAUAUUUUUUACGUUUGAAAUUCAUCAAUACGGUGGUUGAUGAUGUUAAAAUGCUGUUGCAUAAGACUUUAGAGAGCUGAAGUCUAAGAGAAUGAGGCAGAGAUGGGUAGAGUUGCCUAACCGAAUAACAAAAGGGCCUCAGGUCUUGUGUUCUCUGGGUGGGAGCAGGAUCCUCUUCUACCCACCACCAAGGCCAACACUACCCUAAAGUAAAAAGAUUGUCUCACUGUUGGAAAAAGACCAUUGCUCCACAUUGAUGCUAUACUGCUAAGUAAAGGGGAUUUGGCCAUAACCUCUCUUCUGUACUCUCUAAGCUAUUUUGCUCUAAUCAUGACAGAUAUGCACCAUAUAACUUUCAUUAAUCUCCUGGUGUUAUAAGGCAUUUUUCAUUUGCAAGUUUUACUCUGAUAAUAAACAUUUGGUAAUAAUUAAGAUAACUGUUA